UACUCCCCAGUUCUAAGUAACACCUGUUUCCAUAGUUACUGAAGUUACAAGGGACGCUAAAACGUGAAAGUUUUUCUGUUGACAAACUUGUGUUUUAGUCAAAAUGUCGCGGUUAGUUCUCAUCGAACCGACGGAAUUGUACAACAUUCUUAACCAACAUACUGUCUACCCGUGCUUGAGUGACCAAAACUUCCUUCUUUUACUGGAUGCAAGAAAGAAGACAGAAUAUGAUGAAAGUCAUGUAAUAACAGCAAAGAGAGCACCUGUGGAUGAGGAAGGCAACUAUAAUGUCCCGUAUGAUUCCGAAUUGGAAUGUAAAACUCAUGUGAUUGUUUAUGAUAGCAACUGCAGAUCACUAAGGGAAAAAAGCCGAUCUGUGUUUUGUGCCUCUGUGAUGGCAAAUAAUGGAAGCAAGAAUCCUGUGAAGAUUCUCAGAGGAGGGUAUGAAGAUUUCUCAGCAAUGUAUCCGUUCUUGAGGACACAGAAAAUCAUUUACAUGCCACGAGAAUAUGACAACAUUGAAACAUAUCCAUGCGAAGUACUACCAGGUAUCUUAUAUAUUGGAUCGAAGAAACAAGCACAGAGCAACACAGUUCAUAAGGAGUUGAAAAUCAGAGCGCAUAUUAACCUUUCCAACAGCACUGACAAGUUUUUCAAGGAAGGAGAUGAAAAUUAUCUCCAAGUCCCAAUAAGUGAUGAUGAAAAUGCAGACUUCACAAGUUAUAUUCCACAGAUUGUAAAGUUUGUUGAUGACAACAGAAACAAGCUGAACAUAAUUCUUGUGUGGUCUGAUAAUGGAAUCAGCAGAAGUGCAGCUGCGUGUAUUCUUUAUUUGAUGUCAUAUUACAAGUGGCCACUACAGGAUGCAUGGCGACAUAUGCGUUCAUGCAAGUUCACAAUGCGACCUAACAGAGGGUUGGUGAAACAACUUGCUGCUUUUGAGGAAAGUCACCUCGGCUCAACCAUUACAAACAUUGCAGAUCCACAUUUCUAAUUACACCGGCAUAUUUAUGUGUUGCUUUCUAUGUUUUAUAAAUCUACUUUAUAAUAAAUGUACAUUUUAGAUG